CACUUAAAAUGCGCGGCUGAUCUCUUACCUUAUUGGAACAAAAAGUUAUCAAUUUUUUAGAAAAAUUGAAUUUCUAGUUUCGAAGAGAACCAUUGACUUCUACGUCAUUAACAACUACAUGUCGAAACAAAUUGACCACAAGAAAACCGAAUUAGCCAACGAUCUAGCACAACUUGACAUCUCUACUGACGACAGUGAUCAGCACGUUGCUGACCAAGCGAAUCUGAGUACGCCUGCAGCUGAAGCAGCUUAUACGCGUAAUAUCAGAAACAGUAAUAGUGUCUCUACCAGUUCUCGAGCAAAGCAACAGAGAAGUCUAGCUACUUAUAACCAACAUAUUGGUAUGAAAACCUCCCAUAUUCAACCUACUGAGGAUAUAUUCAACUCAAGUGACCCACGUAUAAAAGAGGAUAUCAUUGCUAUGGUAAUGCAAUACCUACAAGAAGAAGGAUAUUAUGCUUCCCAUUCAGUUUUAUAUGAUGAAACGAACGUCAAAUGGAAAGAAAGAGAAGAACGUACUCUAGAAAUCAAAAGGUUAAAAAAGGCUAUUUUAGAUGGAGAUUGGUCAGAAGUUGAGAAAUUGUGUAAUAAGCCGCUUGUAAAAAACCAUCGAGCCUUUCUAUACUCUGUAUAUAAACAGCAAUAUCUGGAAUAUUUAGAAAAGCGCGAAAUACAAAAAGCAUUCACGUUUUUGAAUAAGAGAUUAAAACCACUAGAACACUUUCAGACCAAACCGAAUGAAUUCAAAGACAUGUGUUACUUAUUAACUGCAAAAUCUAUCCAUGAAGCGCCUAGUUUUAAACAGUGGGAAGGGAUUAUGGCCUCCCGUGAAGCCCUUGUGGAUCAAUUACAAAGUAUGCUAGAAUUCGAAACUGCCGACCGUACAAAUCAACAGCACAGUCGGCAUAUACCACCGGACCGUUUGUUAACUCUCUUACGGCAAGCUGUCGCUUAUCAAAUCGAAUUCUCACGAUACCAUCCUAAAAUUGCUCCUACUGUGAGUACAUUACUAGAAGAUUAUACAAGUUUUGUGAUACCCAAUGCAGUAGGAGCCACCCUUACAGGGCAUAAAGGAAAUAUAAAAUGCUUGCAAUUCCUUGGGGUGGAAGGUAAACAAGUCGUUUCGGGAUCAAGUGAUAACACACUUCGUAUUUGGGAUACAGAAACAGCGGAAUGCAUAGAUAUCUUGAAAGAACACCGGUCAAGGGUGUGGGAUCUCUCAACGACGGUUCAAGGAGAGUUUAUUGCGAGUGCCAGUGGUGAUUCAACGGUAAAAAUUUGGAACCUAAAGAAUACAGCAGCUGCAAGCAAUGCAAUGUCCACAGAAAUGGGAUUGACGGGCGGUUCAGCGCCAUUGCAUCAUCAUCAAAAAGCGAACUGUUGUAUGACAUUAACAGGACAUGCUGGCGACGUAUAUUCCGUACAAUACCAUCCAAGUGAAAGUCAAAUAUUUAAUCCCUUGGGUAAUCUUGUGAUUAGUGGGUAAGCGAAUCAGUUUCUUGUAAAUAUUUGCACUUGUGGAAGGGAACAAUACUAAAGUCAACUAACUCGGUCAAUAUGAAUUCUAGUG